AUGCAUGAUCCUAGUUCUGCGUCAUCUGCAUCUGGUAUUAAUGGAGAAAGAAAUAAAACGUCAACAAUCACUUCAACAACAUUGUUAGAUCGAGAUGUUGAUAGUUUGAAUCCAGAAUCUGAGGAUGGUGACGAUUUCCAACUUUAUGAUGACAAUGAGGAAAUGAUACCAUUAUCAACGACGUUAAUACCAUCGAAACAAAAUUUAUCAGGUGAUCAACAACAACAACAAAAAUUAUCGCCAACUUUAAAACCAAAACUAUCAUCCGUAAAAUAUCCGUCAGUGUUAUCAUCGUCUCAAAAAAGUGAUCAAUUAUCAGGCGAGGAACGUUUUGAGGAUGAUGAUGAGGCAAGUUAUGAAGAGUAUCCCGAUAAUUCCGAUGAUACUCGAAAUUCGUCGUCGAUUCAAGAUGCGGAAGAUGGAAAAAAUGACUAUCCGGAGACGUCAUUAAACGAUGAUAAUAAUAUUAAUAACGACAUCAAACCAGAACAACAAAAUGACAACAAAUUCAAAGAUAAUAUGGAUAUGCAUACAACAAUCAAAUUGCCAUUCGCCCAGUCUUCUAUAUGGAAAGGUUUAUUUUCGAAGCCCGGUAUACUUGCUGGUCUACUGAGUGCUGUCUUAAUGAUUAUGUUUAUUAUUUAUCGUAUGCGUAAAAAAGAUGAAGGUAGUUAUGCCUUGGAAGAAGAACGCAAAUCACCAUCGAAUGCUUAUACACGUGUAUCGUCCAGAGAAUUUUUUGCAUAG